UUGGUUCUGAGGGUAAGCUGGGAAGAGUCUGAUUUUGCUGGAAGUUAUUUACCUGGAUAUGAGUAGGAUUAUUGUCAGCAUUGGGAAAAGAAUUAGACCCACUAAAGAGGGAUUAAGGAACAACUGGUUCCCCUAGACAAAGGAGCCAGACAACAAAACUGUGUGGUCUGGUUUGUGAUCUCCUGUAGAUGUGGAAGGAAAUACAGUGGAAAGAAUCACAGGGUGUUUUGUUGGUUGAGAAGGAAAGCUGCACAUUGUGAUAGCAAAGAUGCAACCAAUUGACCAUCUGGUGCAUUCAACUGAAAUAGGUAGUGUUGGGUCAUAGAUUAACUCAACAGGUUUGUGUCUCCUACAGAUCUUGGUGGCCCAUGGACAGAGGCACUCUACCUGGAACUGGGAUUAUAGGAUUGAAGCAGUGCUGGGGGGAGAGAGGUUGGGAAGGACGGGGGUAUGAGCAUGGCUGUUCUGACCACAGGAAGAUGCUCUGGGGUGCUACUUGCCAAGAUGACAGUGGAUCAUGUCUUCCAGAACAGACCAAGGUAACAGAUUCAGAACCCCAAGACAAUGGACGAAGUCAAGAUUUCACCUAAAAACAGCGACGAUGGCUUGGCAAACCCAGCAUUUGAGGCUACAGAAUCAGAGACAAAUGGAGUGAAGGAGGUCAAGAUUUCACCUAAAAAUGGAGAUAGGAUGGAAUCAGAGACAAACGGAAAGGAAGCAACAUCUCUUGAGUUUGGGGAAGAAAAUCCUGUGCAGGACAGUCGUUUCGGGAGCAGGUUCAAGAACGUGACUCAACCUUUCUCUAAAGUAAAGGGAUUUUGCAAGGCUCAUCGCGAAUUACUCCACAAGCUCUUCUUAGGCAUCUUAUGUGCAGGCUAUCUGGCCUACUUCAUUGCUGCUUGUUACCUGGACUACCAACGAGCCUUGGCACUGAUCAUUUUAACAAGCCUGGUCCUUGCUUUCCUGGUUUAUAGCUUCGUCAAAAAAAAUUGGGGAGCCAAGAUUAUCCAAAGGUUGAGACCCUGCAGGAAAUGCUGUCAGAAGGCCUGGCCGUGGUUGAAAUGGGUUUUGUGCGCCGUUCUUCUAAUUGCUUUGAUCACAUGGCUGGCUCUGGACAUGUCCCAAAGGAAAGAACAGCUGGUCUCACUGGGUGGCUUCUGUGUGCUCAUCUUCUUGUUAUUUCUCUUCUCCAAGCAUCACAUGGCGGUACCCUGGAGUGCUGUGUUAUGGGGCCUUGGUCUACAAUUUGCCCUUGGACUUUUCAUCAUCCGAACGGAACCUGGAUUUCAGGCUUUCCAAUGGAUGGGCAAUCAGAUUCAGGCAUUUCUCAACUACACGACGGCAGGAUCCAGUUUUGUCUUUGGAGAUAAACUGAUUCAAGAAAUUUUUGCCUUUCAGGUACUGCCUAUUAUUAUCUUCUUCAGUUGUGUGAUGUCCAUCCUCUACUACUUGGGAGUCAUGCAGUUUAUAAUCCUGAAGUUGUCCUGGCUCCUGCAAAUCACAAUGGGCACAGCGGCCACCGAAACUCUGAGCGUGGUGGGGAAUAUAUUUGUGGGGAUGACCGAAGCACCAUUGCUCAUCCGUCCCUACCUGGGGGAUAUGACACGCUCAGAAAUCCAUGCUGUGAUGACCGGUGGCUUUGCUACCAUUGCUGGUAGUGUGAUGGGCGCAUACAUUUCAUUUGGGAUCGAUGCCUCGUCUCUGAUGGCAGCUUCAGUAAUGGCGGCACCGUGUGCUUUAGCUAUGGCCAAACUUGUCUACCCAGAAGUGGAAAAAUCUCGAUUCCAAAGCCAGGAAGGCAUCAAAAUUGCCCGCGGGGAGGAAAAGAAUAUUCUGGAAGCUGCUGGUAAUGGAGCCUCUGUCUCUGUGGGGCUGGUGGCCAACGUUGCAGCCAACCUCAUUGCCUUCCUGGCUUUGCUGGCAUUCAUCAACGCUGCCCUCAGUUGGCUAGGAGGCAUGGUCAACGUGCCCCAACUCUCCUUCCAGCUGAUCUGCUCCUACGUCCUGAUGCCUUUAGCCUUCUUGUUAGGGGCCAGCUGGGAAGAAUCUUUUCUGGUUGCUGAGAUGCUGGGAGUCAAGUUCUUCUUGAAUGAAUUUGUGGCCUACCAGCAAUUGUCGACCUACAAAAAUAAUCGUCUGAUGGGUCUGCCCGAGUGGGAUGGUUCUCAAAAGCAGUGGAUUUCGCCCAGAGCUGAAACCAUUGUAACCUUUGCUCUGUGUGGAUUUGCCAACCAAAGCUCUAUUGGGAUCAUGCUGGGUGGCUUGACUUCGAUGGCACCGCAACGCAAGGGUGACUUUUCUAGCAUCGUUCUACGAGCUUUGCUCACCGGGUCCUGCGUCUCCUUAAUCAACGCAUGCCUUGCAGGAAUCCUUUACGUGCCCAGAGAAGUGCCAGACUGUUUAGACUUCUUUAGCAACACCACCAUCAACUCUACCAGCUACUUUCUGCAUGAAUGCUGUAAAAAUUUGUUCAGUUCUUUCUCCUUAGAUGGCACGUGGGAGAACCUACAUGCCAACACAACACAGCUCUAUCUCCAGAAAUGCUGCAGUUAUUAUAACUCCUCCGUAUGUCUCUGGCCUUAACCGAUGAAGAAUGAGAUGGUGGGGCAGAAGAGAACCAUUCGAUGAAUACGUAGAAGAUGAAUAAAGGAGGGAGGUGGCAGUUUUCAGGAUUGUGUGAGACCGUUU